AUGUCCUUCCACAGCAGCGACACGAUCGUCGUCACUGAACCGGACGACGAGGACGAGGACAACAACAACGACGAAGAUGACGAAGAAGCGUCAGUGGCAGUGGCAGAGGAUGAUGAGACGGAGGGUGGUGAGGACGAGGAUGAUGACCAGCAGCAGCAGCAGCAGCUCAAUGGUGAUCAACCGCUCCAUGCGACGACGACGACGACGACGACGACCACGACGGGCGACCGACUGGCAGUCCCAUCGGAAGAGACAGAGCCAGCAGCAGCACUACCACAAGGAGAAGGAGCACCACUACUACUACGAGGAGAAAGAGCAAGCAGCAGACCGCCGUCGUUCGUACUGCCGCCCAUCGAAGGCCUCUCCAUCUACCAGGACAUGGAGGCAGCCUUCGAGCGCGCAUUGCAACGCGUGCGUGCAUCGCAGCGUCCCAUUCUACAAGCGACGGCAACCCACACGACAGCUGCAACAGCAACUGCGGUCGCCCAAGCAGGAGCAGCAGCGCAAACCGCUCAAACCGCUUCUCCUGCUACCACUGCUACUCCUGCUACUGCUACUGCUACCCCAGCUGCUGCUACUGCAAUCUCGGCAUCCUCCAUCACGAGCGCUCAAAGCCAAAGCCAGUUGGACGCACACACGCCGCCAAGUCCGCCCGACUCGACGCGCGUCUCCACCUCGCGCGAGGACGACGGCGGCGGCGGCGAUGCAGAGCUCAAGCAACAACCCACUCGAAAGCUGUCGAAUGCUACUACACCCGUGGAAACAUCAUCAGCCCUUGGUCCGGCAGCGCCGGCGCUCAUUCGGCGGUCGGGGUCGUCCCAGUCUGGCCUUGCUGCACUCGCUGUCGUGUCGCCACUCACUUCGCCCGCUCUGGCACGCGCGCUGAUUGGCGUCGCACCGCGAGCCACACAGUCAUCGCUGUCCCUGACCGCCCCUCCCGAACGCUCAGAACCGCGGCUUUCUGCGCUCGAGAUUUUGCAAAGCUCGCAGGCAUCCAUUUCCUCGCGGCCAACCUCCCCUACGUCUCCACGGCGCCCGGGCUUUGGACGAAAGUCGGUUUCCUUCAACAACCUCGCCGUGCACGCCAUUACGACUGAUGCUGAUGAACGCGACUUUGCCUCCAAGAGCCCGCGCCAGUCCGUGUCUCCUUCGCUCGGCUCCCUUUCGUUUCCUUCGCCAUCUGUCGCAACCACCGCCGCCGUCUCGCCGCCUGUAUCCCCCUUGCCUUUCCACUCCCAAUCACAGCAAAAGAGCGCCGUUUUGACCAACGACACUGCCGCCGCUCCUGAUUCCAAGCAACCGCACGCAGAGGCCAUCACAAUCCUCGCGGCUGACGGCUCGGCACCACCGGCCGCGCACGCUCUGGCUGCUGCCGAAACAAAAGCCUCUCGAACAACACGGACUCGUGCCACCAGUGUAGGGGCGGUCAAACCCUUGAUGCUGUCUCCAGCCAUGAUGGGCACGAAAAAGACGCUGACGCUCUCGCGUGCCGAACGCACCGUGCUUCCCACCUUUGCGCCCGCGGCAUCUCGUGCCGAGCGCUGGCGAUCGCUACCAACCCCACGGCAGUCGCUCACGCCAACGCCCGACGGCCAGCAAUCACCCAGUGCCUCGCCCUUAGCGUUGAGCAACCAUAACCAUGACAUCCCGGACUUUGCUCGCCGUGGCUCUUUGCUGCUUCCAUGGAAUCCUCGUGUUAUUGCCGAUGCCAAGCGCCAGGUGGACACGUUGCAGCGAACCGUGGCAAGUACCCGUGUCAAUGUGAAUGACGCGCGAUUCCGGAUGCGUGAGACCACAGUCUUGGCCCUCGCAUGUGUCGACCUCGAUCCCAAUCGCAAACGAGCCGAGAUUAGUAUCCCAUGGAGUCGCAAAUCGUCCUCCGCCGCUGGAUCCCCAACGCCGUCCUCCAGUGCCCUGCCGCCCUUGUCUGCGUCUGCCGCAGGUCUUCCCGGGUCUUCUUCUGCUUCCUCUUCUUCUUCUUCGUCUGCCACAUCUGCGUCGCGACUCUCACGACGAGCGAAAGCAGGGUUGAGCGUCAUCACCAACUCGUUCAACUUUAGUCCGUCUUCCUCCAGCACGACAAACGCAGCCUCCUCUUCUUCUUCUUCUUCUUCCAGCAGCAAUUCAACCGGUGGCAGCCCCAAAAUCUCGCGUGUUCGCUCCGCCUCAGUGUCUGCGACCUCGCUUCGCACCCCUUCGCCCGUGUCCCUUCCUCCUCCUCGGAAACAGCAACUCGCCGCAACGUCGCAGCCUCCACAACUCAACCGCCUGUCAUCCUCUCCGUACUUUGUCCUGCAAUCGCAGCAGCAGCAGCAGCAGCAGCAGCAGCGUCGUCCCCCGGCUAGUGAAUCUCAGCUUCCCGAUAUUCGCAAUACACCAGGUGCCAAUCACUCUGAAUCGGCAGGCGUCGUCUAG